GCACCGUUGCCGACUGCUACACUCUGCUACACUCAUUUCCUCCUCAUCAGUCGUCUCAUCCAUCAUACUCCGCGUCCACACACAACACCAUGGCCGCCCUCGCCCGACCCCCCGUCGGCAACGUCGACGAUUUGGCAAGUCUCGCUCGUCUCGACGAGAAAGCUCUACUCGGAGAGCUCGAAACGCGCUACAACAAUGACGUCAUAUACACGUACGUGGGAGAUAUUCUCGUUGCUGUGAAUCCGUUCAAGACGUUGCCGAUUUUUGAUAAGAAGCAUGCGGCAAAGUAUCGGAAGGUUGUGAAGUCGCAGGUUCCGCCGCAUAUUUAUUAUGUGGCUGAUGCUACGUAUCAGAUGAUGCAGGAGACAGGGAGAAAUCAGUGCUGUGUGAUCAGUGGUGAAUCAGGAGCUGGAAAGACCGAGUCUGCAAAAUACGUUAUAAAGCAGCUUAUUGAGUUGUGCCAUGGCAAGACUUCAUUGGAACAGAAAAUAAUCCAGGUGAAUCCUCUCUUGGAGGCGUUCGGCAAUGCUCAGACCAUAAUGAAUGACAAUUCGAGCCGAUUUGGCAAAUACAUUCAAUUGAAGUUCAGGCAAGGCCAAGUUCUGGGUGCCAAAAUUAAUGAAUACCUUCUGGAAAAGUCACGUGUUGUUCGCCAAGCACCAUACGAGCGUAAUUUUCAUAUUUUCUACUAUCUAUUCUGUGGACUGGAUGAGGAAGACCAGGCAAAGUAUUGCCUUGGCGAUGCUAGUGACAAAAGGUAUUUGUCAAAUGGUGCUGGUCCAUUGAGAACACACAAGGCAGAGCUGACAAAGGGAUAUGGAGAACUGGAGGCGGCUAUGGAUCUCGUUGGCUUUGAAGCUACUGAACAAGAGAAUCUAUACGUCGCUCUCGGUGGCAUCCUCAACCUCGGCAACGUUGAAUUCGAAGGUGACUCCGACAAGUCGAUGGUCAAAGACCCCGAAUUAGCACUCAAGAAUGCAGCCGUAUUGUUUGGGCUUGAUCCAAUGCAGCUUGCUGACACGAUGACUGUGAGUAUGACGGUCGCGAGAGGUGAGCAGAUUCGGAGGAAUUUGGGCGUCCACAAGGCGGAGGAUGCACGGGAUGCCAUUGCGAAGGUUAUCUACAGUCGAUUGUUUAGUUGGAUAGUUAAUCGGAUCAACAGCCUCUUGGCACCUCCGGUCGCAGUCAAACAGAGUGAAAUCUUUGAGAUUGGUAUUCUCGACAUUUUUGGAUUUGAGAAAUUUGACCACAACAGCUUCGAACAGAUCUGCAUCAAUCUUGCCAAUGAACAGUUGCAAUUCUUCUUCAACCAGCAUAUCUUUACAUUGGAGCUUGAAGAGUACAAACGAGAGGGCAUCAGUGCAGCUGACGUGAAAUUUUCUGACAACAAACUGAUUCUUAGUUUCUUCUUACAGAAACCAAUUGGUUUGCUUGCUCUGUUGGAUGAAGAUUGCUUUUUUCCUAAAGCGAGUGAUCUCUCGUUUUUGGAAAAGUUGACGAAGAAUUUUAAGAAGUUGGAUUUCUUUGAACGAGCGAAAGACACGAGCAGCACUUUCUUUGCUGUUCAGCAUUAUGCUGGGAAGGUUGAUUAUGACACUGAUGGCUUUCUGGAAAAGAAUCGAGACACUCUACCAAGCGGCGUCACUGAAAUGCUACAGAUCAGCAAGAACUCACUGCUCAACACGAUUUUUCGUGGCACAAUCACUAGGACAGGCACAUUGGCACUACAGAGUCGUCGUGCUGUUGAUCAUAAGUCACGAAUGAAAAGUAGAGCGGUGAGAGGAGCACGAGGCGCGCCUGCAGGAAAGAGCACGAAGAAAUCUAUGACUGUUGGAAGUCAGUUCAAGAGCUCUCUGGAAGUGCUCAUGGAGAAGAUGAACGCAGCUCGUCCUCACUUCAUCAGAUGCAUCAAACCCAACAAAGCCAAGGCAUCCAAUUGCUUUGAAGAUGACUACGUUGAAGCUCAAUUGAGAUACACAGGCAUGUUGGAGACGAUUCGUAUUCGACGUGAAGGCUUUGCCGUACGACCAACAUUUGAGGAAUUCUUCUUCAGGUUUCAUACUCUCGCAAAGAAAAAAGUCACAAAGUCGUCAGCUGAAAACUGCAGGGUGAUUCUUCAAGGGACGGGCUUACGAGAGUGGCAGAUUGGCAAGACGAAGGUGUUCCUCAAGUACUGGCACGUUGAAAAGCUCAGCGAACUCUUGGAGAAGGUGCACAGCGCGGCGACUCAUUUACAGCGAAUUGCUCGAGGAUUCAUAGCUCGUCGUCGGUUUAAGAAACUGUUGGCAGAUGGUCGCCGACAGGCUGGUCUUGUUGCUGACUUUCUUGAGUAUUUGCCUAAUGGAGGAACAAGAAUCAAGGAUCGUGUUGUGAAGCUUAUUGUAGCAGAUAAGGCAAGACCCAAAGAUUACUUCAACCCCAAACAGGCUGCUCCUGCAGUCGCGCUUCCUCCUCCUCCUCAAGCAACAUUACCAUCCGAUGCUGAUCUCCCUCCUCCACCACCAGAGGAUGAAGAUGAAGAUGACUCAGAAGAUGAAAUAGACGAUUUCGAUGAGGUCAUUCCCAAACGAGCGGACAACAAGAACAAACGUUUCGGACGGAUGGGAACGAAAGCCGCUUCGGUUCGUUGGUUCAAAGAGACUCAGAAGGCAGUCGCCAUGCAGUCAGACGGACGUUUCCAUGAAUGGUUUCAUGGAAUCAUAACAAGAAGGGAUGCUGAGCAAUUGUUAACAGACAAACCCAUUGGCUGCUUUCUUGUCCGAGUCAGCGAGAGUCGAUUUGGUUACUCACUGUCAUUCAGAGUUGCUACACGUUGUAAACAUUACAUGAUUGAUCAAACACCUUCCGGGAAAUUUAUUGUUGUCGGUGAACCGAAAGUUCAUAAGAACCUGGCUGCUCUAGUCAAAUAUUACCAACAAAAUCAAGUAAAUGAAGACGGCGACAUCUUGACUAUUCCAUGUGGGCAGGCACAUGGCCAGCUUGACUAUGCAGACUUACUGGAAGAGGAAGAAAUGCGAGGCAUGGGAUCGAUGUCUGCACGUGGUCGUCCUGUAUCGUCCGACUUCUCUCGGCCUGGUGGUCGUUCACCAAUUCAAGUUCGUCGAUCAGCAGCUAGGCCACCGUCCUCUGGUCAGGUAUCAAGUAGACAACAGGCGCAUCAUGCUGGAUCUCGUGCAGGCGGCUCACAUAUGAAGGCAGCCUUGUCGCCUUCGGGAGGUGCUCCUCCACCACUUCCACCUCGAUGACUUGCUAUUGAACAAACGAACUGAACCGAAUGCGUAGAAAUCGUGUAACAAAGAUUGAUUUGCUGAUGAUUGGCUUGUCUGCUGCUGGCAGUAUGUAGGGAUUUUAAUGUGUUUGUUGUGAGACAGUUGA